AUGAUCUCUUCUUCUGGAAUCGAAGUUACUCUGAACAAUGCCGGUCUCUGGAAGAAAUUCAACAGUCCAAUGGAGAUGAUUCUGACUAAAAAGAUUGGAAGAAAAAUGUUUCCGAAUCUGGAAUAUUCGGUUGAUGGAUUGAAUCCUACCGCAAUGUAUGAGAUCUACUUGCACAUGGAGAGAAUGGAUGAUCAUAAAUACCGUUACGUCAGCAAGGAAUGGGACGACUAUGCCAGAGGAGACCCAAUCACUCCAAUUCAAAAAAUCAAACAUAAAAGUGGAGGACAAACUGGAAUGUUCUGGAUGGACGGACCAAUUUCAUUUGAGCAAAUCCGAUUGACAAAUAAUCCAGAGACAGAGAAAAAAGAUCAUAUUUGCCUCCAAAGUAUGCACAAAUGGCGUCCAGUUGUCACUAUUCGAAAAUUGGAAAAUGGAGACGAGAAUUCGGAUUUCGAUGAGGAAUUCAGAAUUGAAAAUGUGUGGUUUAUGGCUGUUACUACUUAUCAGAAUCCAGCUAUCAAAGUUCUGAAAGUGGAGAACAAUAAAUUUGCCUCUGGUUUUCGCUCAACUGGAAAUCACAAGACUGUUCUUCCUACACGUGGCAUCAAACGUACUGCUUCUGAAACCUUCCCAACUCCUCCUUCGAGUACAUCACCACCAUCAAAAACAAGUUCAAAUGGACAUUCUCCGAUUGCUCAUCCCUUUCAUAAUCCAGCAAAUUUUGAUUUUUCAAUGAUGGGAACUGCUCACCAGUAUUUGAUGAAUCCGUAUCAGAAUAUUUGGAAUUAUGGAUACAAUAUGGGAAAACAAAUGGUACAACCAGUCAUGAAUCAAUGGAAUAUGCAGAUUUCGGGACAACCAAGGAAUAUGAAUCAUGAGCAACAAGGAAAUCCAAAUAGCACAAAUGUUCCAGAAUUUUAUGGCUUGAAUAAUUUUUGA